AUGCGUUUCUCACAAAUUGCCGCCGCCUCCGUGGUGGCGCCGCUUGCUGCUGCUCACGGAGCAGGCAUGGAGGGCAUGCCCAAGAUUUUUGGCAUGCCAAAGCAACUGAGGGCCAGCAAUCCUUUUGCCGGGUUCCAGGCUCGCCAUGCUGCUCAGCCUGCCCGUGCCGUCGGACCCCGUCAGGAAGCUAGCCGCUGUGGUCCUCAGAAUGGCAAUCAGGUUUGCGCCGACAACGAGUGCUGUUCGUCAGCUGGAUACUGUGGGACUACCAAGGAGCAUUGCCAGGCGCCCGACUGUCUCUUCAACUUUGGACCCGCAUGCGAUGCCAACAAGACUCCAGCGGGCGAAAGCACACGCAACGUCGCUCGCCCUCAGCUCGGAAAGAUUGCCUACGGUGGUGGGGGCAUCUACGUGUGCAACAACCCCGGGACUGUGGCCAUUACAUAUGACGAUGGGCCAUAUAUCUACACCGAGGGCGUCAUGAAGCAGUUCGAGGCAAGGGGAGGCCGUGCGACUUUCUUCAUUACCGGAAACAACAUUGGAAAGGGAUCCAUUGACGAGAACUGGGCUGGUGUCAUCAAGAAGAUGUACGACAACGGGCACCAGGUUGCUUCACACACAUGGAGUCACCAGGAUCUCUCUGCCAUCACCAAGGAGGAGGCGUAUGACCAGAUGGUCAAGAACGAAAUGGCUCUUCGCAAUAUCUUGGGCCGCUUCCCCACAUACAUGCGCCCGCCUUAUUCUUCAUGCGAUGCCGAUUGCCAGGAGGUCAUGGCGGAUCUUGGUUAUGUCGUGUCGUACUUUGACUUGGACACUGAUGACUACAACAACCUUACACCCGAGAAGAUUCAGAUCGCCAAGGAUAACUUCAAGGAGGGCAUUGAUACGCGCAACAGCGGGGACCCAUACGAUGGUGACAGGCUCGCUAUUGGCCAUGACAUCCACCAGCUGACUGCGGAGAACCUUACUGCCUACAUGCUAGACUACGUCUACGAUCAGGGUCUCAAGGCUGUCACCAUGGGCGAGUGUCUCCAGGACCCCAAGGAGAACUGGUACCGCGACUCCACGCCUGCUCCUCCCAGCACGUCAUCAACGCGUACUGCUUCGUCGUCGAUGGCGACUCCGACUCCGACUGGGCCUACCUCGAAAGAUGGAUCCUGCGGUGCUACUGGCUCUAACCAGUCUUGCGUUGGCUUUGUUGGUGGAGAUGGCCUCCUCGGCGAGUGCUGCUCGCAAUACGGCUGGUGCGGACGGACAUCUGAUCACUGCCAGACUGGCUGCCAGGCCGGCUUUGGAAAGUGCGGCGCGCAGCCCAGCGCCUCUCCAUCUGCAUCUGCAUCUGCACUUGCAUCUCCAUCAGCAUCAGCGUCUUCAUCCACACGUGCAACCAUCUCUGGCAGCGUCACGGGCCCUGUGUCUACUCCUACUGGCCCUGCCACGACGGAUGGAUCGUGCGGUGCUGUCAACAAUGGCAUGACGUGCAUGGGCUUUGUUGGCCCGGCUGGGCUCAGCGAGUGCUGCUCUUUGUAUGGAUACUGUGGAAAUACUGAUGCCUACUGCUCUACGGGCUGCCAGGCUGGGUUCGGAAAGUGUGGCAAGCAGGAGAUUGGGUCGAGCAGUGUGGUUAGCAGUGCUUCGUCGGCCGGCGUAGUGUCCAGUGUCAGCAAGGAUGCUGUCUCGCCAUCCUCUCAGGCUCCUACUGCCUCUGUAUCUGCCUCAGCAUCUACUUCUAGCUUGGUCACUGCAUCGGCCUCAGCUUCUGACGUGGUAUCUGUACCGGCUUCCGAGUCGGUUUCCGCAUCCGCUUCAGCCUCUGCCUCAGUUUCUAGCCAGGCAUCUGCAUCUGCAUCUGCGUCUACGUCGAAGGCUAAUGGAGACGACUCGGUCUCGGCUUCGGCAAGUGGGGCUUCUGGGACAGUGUCAUUGACUGUGUCGGCGUCCAAAGACAGCUACCCCAGCGAAUCUGUUUCGGGCGGCUCUUCCGGAUCCGCAUCCAUGACACCGUCUCCCACACGGGCAUCUUCGUCCUUCUCCACGGCCAUCAUGGGUGCCAGCUCCACGUCGCGCACGCCUCUCGCCACACCCACGCCUACCAAGCUGCCCGUGUCUCAGGACGGAAAGUGCGGUGGGCAAAACGGGGGACAGACUUGCGCGGGCUACAAGACAGGGUGGGGAAUGCAGAUAGAAUGCUGUUGCAAGCAGAGCGGACGGUGCUCUAUUGAUCCGUGGGCGUGUACGGCCGGGUGUGACAAGAAGUAUGGAAAGUGCUGGUUUUAGAUGGGGUGGAGGCGGAGGAGGCGGAGGAGUGAAUUGCGCGUCUUGUAGGCUUGGAGCCAAUGGCGUCGCUGAGUCGCUUGUGGCAAGGCGUGAUUUCAAGAGGCGACUGCAAGAGAUAGUAUGGUGUAGCCAUGAGUCGAGCCGUGAUGGUUUCCCUGGGGUAGCUAUAAUACACAAAGGCGCUACUUCUUGGGCGGGCGUACAUGUAUGGGGGACUAGCAGAGUGCCAAGGCGCGGCGCACGGGGCGCCCACACCAAGCCCAGCAAGC